UCAGUCCAGAGUCGUCGAGCAAGUGUAUUACACGUCAUUGCGCAAAUAACAUAUAGUUUCAACUAAUAUGGGCGCGACGGUAAAUUGAAAUCACGAGACAUCAUUGAAAAUGGCGCGUACGACGGUUUACCUCAUCUACCUGUUAGCCUUACCAUUCAGUUAUGGAUACAACGGCGACAGCUUCGAGCUGGAAUGCCCUGACGAAUGCGAUUGCCACUACUUUAGGAUCAAUUGGGUUACCGACUGUUCCGAGAGCAACUUGACUAGUAUACCUUACGAUGAGCUGAGCUUGAGCGUAUACAUCUUAGAUCUAAACGGCAACAACAUAACCAGUCUCCAGCGUUUUCCAAACGACAUAAAGAUGAGGAGAUUGCAAAUAGCUAACAAUAGAUUGACGAGAGUCGAUAGAGACGCGUUCAAAGGGCUCGACUAUUUGAUAGACAUUGACCUUUCUGGUAACAAUAUCAGCUACGUGGAUCCAGAGGCAUUUUUGGAUUCACAUGGACUACUCAACGUGGAACUUCAAGACAACCCCCUAAAUAUGAUUGAAGGACCAUUCCUGAUGUCUAGCACACUCCAAUAUUUGGAUAUAAGUAAUUGCAAUCUAUCGAUUAUAAACUCCCAAUUCUUCGACAAUAUCACAUCUCUGACCACACUCGACCUGUCUAAUAAUCCCCUUAUAUCAUUAGAAGGUGAUGUCUUCAAUGUUUUAACCAGUCUUGAAACAUUAAAGAUAAAUGACUGUAAGCUCAAUAUUAUUACUGGAAAUCUAUUCUCUUCCUUGAUCAAUUUGAAGAAUUUAGAGAUGGCAGGAAACGACCUGUCAAAUAUCAACUGGCCAGAAGUGUUAGGCACAUUAACGAGGCUCGAAUAUCUUAAUUUGAGAAAAUCUGGCUUAACUUCCCUUUCUGAGGACACAUUUUCAAAUUGUACCAACCUCGUUACCCUUAUUUUAGCUGAGAAUGAAUUACGAGACUUAGAUGUCGCAGUAACAUUGGGCAAUAGUGUUAAUCAUUUAGAAGUACUAGAUUUAUCAAACUGUAAAAUUAAAGGACCAAUAUCAGGUGACGCAUUUGCCAAUGCAACUAGAAUGAAAAGUCUUUACUUAUCUGGUAACCCACUCUUUGCACCGGAUUUACAAGAAGCUUUAGCACCCCUGCCAAAACUGGAAAAACUUUUCUUAAGUAACUGCGGCCUUAGCAAUUUACCAGAUAAUUUCAAUGUUUUUGAAAAUCUUCUCGAACUGGAUAUCUCGCAUAAUCCUCUUGUGAAUGUAUUUACGAGACUUUUGGCUCCUUUAGAAAAAAUUGAAUAUCUUAAUAUGGGCUAUAGUAAUUUAUCUUACAUAGGACCAGAAACUUUUGCACAUAUGACGUCAUUAAAGAAAUUAGUGCUUUCUGGUAAUGACCUCCUAUCUUUAGAAGCCGGUCUGUUCGGAAAUUUGACACAGUUAACAGCGUUAGAAUUAGAAUUUUGCGGCUUGAAACGCCCUAUAAACGCAAAUGCUUUCUUCAAGAACUUAACGUAUACUGAUUUAAGAGAAAUAAAACUUGGUGGUAAUCCACUUGUAAUACCACCCACCGGACCGUUGUUCCCGAAACAGCUGUCACAGGUCACUGUCUUAGAUUUAAGCAACUGCAACAUCACAUCUCUUAACCCAGAUGCUUUUAAGAAUACUGAGAAUUUAACCGAACUCAAUUUAGCCAGCAAUCAAAUAAAGGCAGAGGAUGAAAGCUUAUUGUUUUUGGAGACACUACGACAUUUGGAAAAAAUAAAUUUGAGCAACAAUAAUUUAACAACUAUUGAUCCGCAAUUAUUCGUGAACAAUCCUAAGCUUCACUCAAUAAACCUCAUCGGUAACCCAUUCAUUUGUGAUUGUAAGAUUGCUGAAAUGUGGGAUUGGGCGAAUAUGAUAAAGGGCGAUUUAGACGUUCUUAUAGGAGCCAAGAGCGCCGAAAAGGACAUUGUUGUUAAAGGAAACAAGAAAAAGAAAUAUUUAUACUGUCACUACAAUGAAGCGCAACUCAGGAAUAUGACUAUUAUUACUAAUAAGACUGUACCGGGACGACGUCCAUUUGUAAAGCCCAGAGAAUGGACGUAUGCUAAUAGAACUUGGGCUAAAUAUGUAAGAGAAUCGGGAUGUGAACCAGUGGUCAAAAUACUGAGACCAGUGGCGCUAAUAGCUGAUUUCUUUGACGAAUCUCAUGGAAGGAAUAUUUCUACCCCUGCCUUAAUAUUAGCUGUUAUGGCCUUAGCUCUUGGUUUGGGUACUGUUAUAAUGACCUUGCGUUUAUUUCAAAAGAGGCAAGUGUCGGAAAUGGACACAGAAAAUAAUAGGAAGCAGAGAUAGUAAACGGUCAAAGAGCAUUCCACAUUAAUGCAUAGUUCAUAAUUAGGAUUAUUUUUUAAGAAAUAUUGUAUUUUUUUUAACUAUUAUCACUAAUUUAUAUUUUGUAAUAGGCACGUCAAAAUAAAUGUCUAAAGUCUCUCUAGAGUAAUAAAUAAGAUGAGAGGCGAUAUUUAAUGUAUUUUUGGAUGUAACUAGUCAAAUGAAUUAGAGACCAUACAAGUAUACCCGUAGCAAGCAGGGCUGGAUUAAGGGGAAGGUAUCCGGGGCUACACGCGAAAGAAUAACAAUUACCGACACCAAGAAGACGGUGAAUAACUAACCUAUAAUCUUUUUUAUUUUGCCAUCCUGACGCUCCUAGCUGGAAACUAGGAAAAAUAUUGUAUUGACAUCGGUCAAUAGAACGUGUGCCAAUUUUCAAACGCCUUGAAGAUUAUAAGAGCCAUAUUGAAAGUUUCCGUUAAAUAGAUACAAUGAGGUCAAACUAAUAAUGUUCAAUAAUAUAUAUGUAGACGAAGUGAAAUAACUACAUAGUAAUAGUAGUAGUAUAUUUCCUGUAUCAACAUAAUAUUAUGUUUGGUAAGUUUUUUUUUUUAUUAAAAACAAAAAAUAUUGUUAAAGUAAAAUUAGUUUAGUGGGGUGAUCAAAAAUGAAUGUUCAAUAUUUUUGGAUAAAUAUUUUUUUAAGAUUCCGCCAGUCCUUUGUUGCCCCAGAGCAUAUAGACCUCUAAAUCCGGCCCUGAAAGCAAUUUUGUUAGAGGCGACGAUUCGAUUAUUUAAAUAUGCCUUUCAGUAUUUCAUGUUUAAACGAUUCCUAAAUAAAGGUGUUUAAAAUAUAUU